UCAAAUCCAAGGCCAAGAUAACAAAACGCAAACCGGUGUGCUGUACUGUCCUGUCAACACACCGGUGCACCGGCUCUUCCAACAUAAACCCGUUCGUGUAGUCUGACUGUGCUUCAUGAAACAUGUUUGCUGUAACAUCUCCGUGGCUCUGCUGGACUUUACUGUCUGUCUCCGUCGUGGGCUUUACCUGUGCGGACCAUAAACCUAUCACAGCUGAGUCUGGACAGAACAUCACUCUGACAUGUCGAGCUCCAAACAAGGACAUCACUGCCAUAGAGUGGAAAAGAGCUGACCUGGGAGAGGAAUACGUCCUUGUGUAUCGGCAAAAGCACUUUGAUACCACCGAGCAGCAUCCAUCUUUUAAGAACCGGGUGGAUCUGCAGGACAGACAAAUGAAGGAUGGAGACAUGUCUCUGAUUGUGAACAAUGUGACGACUACUGAUAAUGGAACAUAUGAGUGUCGAGUCUACACAAGAGGAGAAAAUCAAAAUAAUGCUCCAGAGACGCUCAUAUGCAGCAUAAACCUGAGUGUUGAUCCUCCAGGUGAGUGAGUAGAGUUGAGUGUGUGUGUGAUCAGAGGUGAAGCUGCU